AUGGCCCUGACAUCCUGGGAACAAACCGCAGCCACCAAACGGCAAUCCGUCCUCGCCGCCAUCCCCGAGAAAUGGCGCAUCAAGGGCCCCAUCCCCUCUCCGACAGAGCAGCGCGACGUAACAGGCCCCUACAUCCAGCAGUUCCUAUCCCCGCGCGAGAUUGAAAUCACCGAAACAGAUGCCGUAGGGAUCACAGAGCGCACCACAACGGGCCAGUGGACGGCUGUGGAGGUGACCGAGGCGUUCUGCCAUCGCGCAGCGUUGGCGCAUCAACUUGUAAACUGCCUACACGAAAUCUUCUUCGACGCUGCGCUCGAAACCGCCCGUGUGCUCGACGAUCACUAUACCAAAACUGGAAAACCACUCGGUCCCCUUCACGGCCUGCCCGUCAGCUUGAAGGAUCAAUUCCACGUCAAGGGCGUAGAAACAACAAUGGGCUACGUCGGGUGGAUUAACACCUUCCAAGGCAAGACGGAUGAUCCGCGCUAUCUUACGCACGAAAGUGAGCUUGUCAAAGAGCUUCGCGCUGCCGGGGCAGUUCUUUAUUGUAAGACUAGCGUCCCCAUGACGUUGAUGUCAGGUGAAACUAUGAACAAUAUCAUAGUCUACACGCAUAACCCUAAGAACAGACUCCUCAGUUCCGGGGGAAGUUCUGGAGGUGAAGGAGCGCUGAUUGCUUUGCGGGGAUCGCCGGCAGGAUUUGGUACGGAUAUCGGGGGGAGUAUUCGUGUCCCUGCGUCGUUUAAUGGAUUGUAUGGGAUACGGCCGUCUGUGGGAAGAAUGCCGUAUGAGGGGGCGGCGAACUCGUGGGAUGGACAGAAUACAGUGUUGUCGGUCGUAGGACCGUUGUCUUCGUCGGCGAGAGGGUUGGUCCUGUUGUUCAAGACGGUAUUGGGGGCGAAGCCGUGGCUGGGAGAUCCUGGUGUGUUGGAGAUCCCCUGGAGGGAGGAUAUCGUAGAAGAGACGAGGAAGCUGGUGCAGGGACAGCCGGAGGGGCUAGCCUUUGGGAUAUUCUACGAUGAUGGGCUGGUAAAGCCGCAGCCGCCAGUUGAAAGGGCGAUGCGCAUCGCUGCAGAGACGAUCAAGAGUCUAGGUCACAAGCUCAUCAACUGGCAACCCCCUUCUCACCAAACAGCCGCCUCCAUCGCAGUAAGCUCCCCUCCCUCAUCCCCCAAUCAAUCCUUCACCACCACCACCGCACCCCCUUACAACAAACCAACUAACCAUCCCAAGAACCGCGCCUACAACCUGGACGGCGGCGCCGACGCUUUUCAAAACUUCGCUCUCUCCAAAGAAACAAUCCACACCUCCGUAGUAAUCGACACCUCGGGAUCCCCGCAAAAGACCGCACUCGAGAUCGCCGCCCUAAACGUCGAGAAGCGCGAAUACCAGAAACAAUACCUCGACUACUGGAACAGCACGGCGCAAGUCACAGGGACUGGCCGGCCCGUCGACGCGGUCAUUUGUCCCGUAGCGCCGCAUGCGGCGUGUAUUCCGGGGAAGUAUGCCACGAUUGGGUAUACGGCGUUUAUUAAUGUGUUGGAUUAUACGAGUGCCGUUGUGCCGGUUACGUGUGCUGAUCGCGGGGUGGAUGUUUUGGGGACGGAGGGGAGGGAGUAUUUUGGGGAGUUGGAUAGGAGGACGGAGGGGGAGUACGAUGCGGAUGUGUUUGAUGGGGCGCCGGCUGGGAUUCAGCUCUUUGGAAGACGGCUUCAAGAGGAGAAGAUUCUGGUUCUGGCUGAGUAUCUUGGUGAGGAAAUUAGGAAGGCUAGUGCUUGAUCAUAGCUAGAAGUACUAGAAUCAGUCAAUAGCCCCAGUGAUAUUGAAGUACUGCGGUAACAACACAUAUAUCGUGA